UGGAAGGAAUGGCAGAAGACAGUGGAAAGAAACCUGCUCACCCAAAAAGGGUGAUCCUGAUGUUGACCAAACUCUUUGAUUUCAACCUGAACAGUGUGACUGAGAGUUCUCUUUGGAGGUCAACCGACUACGGAGCAACCUACCAGAAGCUGAAUGACAAAGUGGGAGCAAAGACAAUACUCAGCUAUUUGUACGUGAGCCCAAACAACAAGAGAAAGAUCAUGCUGCUCACUGAUCCAGAGGUGGAGAGCAGCCUCCUGAUAAGCUCUGACGAAGGAGCGACCUACCAGAAGUAUCGACUGAACUUCUACAUUCUCAGCCUGCUCUUUCACCCCGAACAGGAGGACUGGAUCCUGGCCUACAGCCACGACCAAAAGCUCUACAGCUCAGUGGAGUUUGGGAGGAGGUGGCAACUGGUGCAUGAGAGAGUGGCUCCAAAUCGCUUCUACUGGUCCAAAAUGGGUUUGGACAAAGAGCCGGGCUUAAUCCACCUUGAGACCAGCAUCUCUGAAGGACAGGCGCUGUAUGUCACCUGCAAGCUGCAGAACUGCACAGAUGCCAACAAGGGCAAACCAUUCCCCGGCUACAUUGACCCCAAUUCUCUGGUGGUGCAAGAUGAGUAUGUGUUUGUCCAGGUGUCAACGGCGGGGCGGCCAAUCUACUACGUGUCUGCUAAAAGAGAUGUCUUUACACCCAUGAAGCUGCCCAAGUACACCCUGCCCAAGGACCUGCAUGUGAUCAGUACAGAUGAAAACCGGGUGGUUGCAGCAGUGCAGGAGUGGAACCAGAACGAAACCUACAACCUGUAUGUGUCUGACACAUCGGGGGUCUACUACACCCUGGCUCUGGAGAAUGUGGUUAGCAGCAUGGGUCCAGAAGGCAACGUCAUGGUUGAUCUCUACGAGGUAGCAGGAAUAAAGGGGAUGUUCCUUGCCAACAAAAGGACGGACAACCAAGUAAAGACGCACAUUACCUUCAACAGAGGCAGAGACUGGAGGUUACUGCAGGCCCCGAGCAAAGACCUGAGGGGCAACAAUGUUCACUGCGUGUUGCCAUACUGCUCAUUACAUCUCCAUCUCCAAGUGUCUGCAAACCCCUACACAUCUGGAAACAUAGCCAGCAGGGACUCAUCGCCUGGGAUCAUUGUCGCAUCAGGCUCCAUUGGUUCAGAGUUGACCACCAGCAACGUCAGUGUAUUCAUCACCUCAGACGCCGGAAACACAUGGAGACAGAUCUUCAAUGAGGAGUAUGCAGUGCUGUAUCUCGACCAAGGAGGAGCCUUAGUCGCAAUAAGACACACUCCGCUUCCCAUCCGACACCUGUGGUUGAGCUUUGAUGAAGGGCGGCAGUGGAAUAAGUACAGCUUCACCAACAGCCCUCUGUUUGUGGACGGGGUGCUGGGGGAGCCAGGGGAGGAGACACUCAUCAUGACGAUAUUUGGUCACGUCAGUCAUCGCUCAGAGUGGCAGCUGGUGAAAAUAGACUUCAGGUCCAUCUUCAACAGGAGGUGUACAGAGGCUGAUUAUCAGACAUGGCACCUUCACAACCAGGGAGAGCCGUGCCUCAUGGGAGUGAAAAGAAUUUACCGCAAACUGAAGCCCACUUCCAGGUGCGUUAUGGGAAAGACGUACUCCGUGGCGAUGACGUCGGGCCCCUGUGACUGCACAGAGGCUGACUUUGAAUGUGAUUAUGGCUAUGAGAGACGGACAAACGGCAAGUGCACCCCUGCCUUUUGGUUCCAUCCAUCAACGAUGUCAAGGAGUUGCACCAAAGGGAUGACGUUCCUCAACAGCACUGGAUACAGGAAAGUGGUCUCUAAUAACUGUACAGCUGGAGUCAGUGUGGAGUACACAGCCAGGAGGCAGCAGUGCCCGAUCCAAGCGCCCAAAGGUCUCCACCUGGUCACCAGUGAGGGCACGCUGUCAGCCACUCUGGGCACCAAUGUCACCUUUCUUGUUUUUCUGGAGGAGGGCGAUGGGGCGAGGACAAGCAUUACUCUGGACUUUGGAGACGGCCACGCUCUGACCUACUCCAAUGUCAGCUCUAUUGAGGAUGGGAUCAAACACAUCUAUAAAGUCGUAGGAAUCUACCGGGUGACUGCAACUGGAGAGAACAGUCUCGGCUCAGAGACCGCCAUGCUUUACCUGCAUGUGACAUGUCAGCUGGAGCAUAUCCAUCUCUCAGCUCCCUUUGUGGCCGUGAGGAAUAAGGAAGUGAACCUGACUGCAGUUCUGUGGCCCAGCCAAGUGGGAACGGUCACCUACAUCUGGUGGAUCGGAAAUAACACCGAGCCUCUAAUCACCUUAGAGGGAAGUGUGGCAUGCACGUUCUCGGAAGGCAUCAGUACUGUCACGGUGCAGGUGUCUGCAGGGAAUACCAUUCUGCAGGACAGAAAAAACAUCGCUGUCCACGAAUAUUUCCGAUCCCAUCUGCUCGCCUUUUCAUCAAACCUGGACGACCACAACCCUGAUGUUGCAGAAUGGAGGCUGGAUGUGAGCCGAGUCAUCAAGAACUCCUUGAUCCAGGCCACAUCAGUGCGAGAGGAUCAGCUGCUGGUCACCAUCCUCCCAGGUUUACCCACAGCAGCAGAGUUUUUCCUCCUUCCUGACAAACAGCUGACGGAGGGGAAACCAGAGAAGAGCUCUGCUCAUUUAGAUCAGCUCUCUGAGGUUUUGCUCAGCGCCUUAAACCAAAACCUUGUGCAGUUCACAUUGCGGCCAGGGGUCCAAGUCACCGUUUAUGCAGCACACCUAUCAGCAGCGCCCCUAGUGGACACCAGCGAGAACCACAGUGGCUCUGCCAUGCUAAUGCUGCUAUCAGUAGUGGUUGUGGGUUUAGCUGUAUUUGUCAUCUACAAAUUCAAGAGGAAGAUCCCAGGCCUCAACGUCUAUGCGCAGAUGCAGAACGAAAAAGAACAAGAAAUGAUGAGUCCAGCUAAUCCAACAGAGGCCACGCCCAGCUCACAGCAGGACUUGGUGCAUUCUUUGGAGAUUCUGGACACAGGGUUUAACUCGCGGCCCAUUGGUGAAUAUCCCCUCAGAAGUGAAACGGUCUGGGCAAGCGGCAAAGGAGACUUAAACACAAAGAAUAUGAUGAGAAGGUGUAUGAAACCUCAUGUACAUGUGAAAUUCUCCACAGAACUCCCCACAUACAUCGUCUAAACUCUGGACUGGACUAUCUCUCCAGCUGCAUCAUGGAUAUUUUUUUACCAUUUGGGACACAAUGGUUUUGAGCUUUAUACCUGUGCAUGUUGGACCCUGCUGACACAUAACUGUGCUCUGUUCAAACCAGAAGAAACUGUGUACAGGUUUUAACAUACUGGAUUUUUAUUUUUAACAUACUGUAUGUCUGAUAAAUCCAACAUUUUAAAAACUCCAUUUAUUUAUAGGGGUCAGAUCAUUCUUAAGAGGGAACGCCAGCAUGAACUCCAGAGGGUAAAAAAAGAAGCGUAUUGGUUUGCUUUUUUUUCUGAGCUUGGUUUGCUGUUGUAGGAAGCUAACAGCAGUAGUGUAUUAUUUAUUCAUAUGAAUAUACUUUUAUGAAGUAUGUUAUUGAAGUGAAUUACACCUUUAUUUUGUAGAUCAUGAAUGUCUAUGUUAUAAUUUGUGUAUUUUAAUAACAAAUGUCAGACUAAAGAGAAGUUCUGUUAUAAAAUAUCAAUAGGGUACUUUAAAGCUUUUGGUCCUUUGUCUGUUGGAAAGCUGAUUUAUGGCACAAUACACAUUUUGUACUGAAAUAUUUCAUUUUUUCUGAUUUUAAUUUAUCCACAGAAAUACAGGGUUACUGGAUUCAUUUAACUUUUGCUGUUAAUCAAACGCCUCUGGUACUAUUUAUGAUACAUACCAGUUUGUAAAUGUUUUGUGCUACAGAUAAAAAGACACUUGAUGGCUCAGGUGCUUCACUGCACCUUCUUACUGCAAGUGAUUUUCGAAAGCCACCAGACCUUACAUCUUUUAGGAUAAGAGGAAACCGAGGAUGACGGGAGGACUGUCCGACAAAGAAAAGUCAGCCAAAGUCAGCCACACCCCAACCACAGCUCACAACUGGAGGCAGAUUACGAUAAUCUAGGCUUGGAUUUAAGGUGCCAGCUGAAAUGAGAUACAGCUACUUUGUUGGGGAAUCUAAAGAGCAUGACAGCGAGAAAAGAGAGGGUAAGAGAGACGGAAGAGUGCUUUUUGGGGUCGUGACGCAUUAAUAGCAUCCUGUUGGACAGAAUAAGAAGAGGUUGACUUCUUGAAUACUUAAUGUAGCCAGUCGAGCUCGGGGCUGGCUAAGGUUGGUGACACAUCCAGGCUAAUGCCCUGACCCGCUCUUGGGUAGCACCCAUUUUCAUCCCGGCUCAUUAUACCGAGCUGUAGAAGCAGAAGAACUAGAGCGCAUAUGCUAAGAGGCUAUAGGAUUGUUAGCGUGUUCAGAGAACUGUCAAACCCUGUGGUACUUUGCGUGUGAAAUUUGACAGAUGUAAAUGGCUGAUUGAUGCCUUUCAAGUCCAAGAAGGCAACUUUACCAGAUUUGUGUUGCUGCUUUUUAGAUUGGGGAGACAUGGAAAUACAGAGGGGGUUGACUUUUGUCAGCUACAAGAAGUUUUUUUAAUUUAGUUUUAACUGUAAAGCAGACACCAUCACUGAUACAGAGUAUAACUCUGGUUUAUCAUCACAAGACCCAAGCAUCGUUUCAUUUCACCACCUCAACAUUAAGGUCAUGCUGAACUCUGCCAAGUCAGAAGAAGUUUGUUUCAUGUGAUUUUAGGUGAGAAACAAUCAAGACACUUAUCAAGAGCCCAUGGAUAUCAAGGGGAGAGUCCCUUUCCAGUGUUGGAACAAUAUGAAUAAGUCAUUGGUGGAAAAAUGACCAAAAUGAGAAUCAUUAAGAGAAUAACCAAAAAUAAAAUCCAAAGAAUAAGUGACAGCAAUGGUGGCCAAUCAAUCGUUUACCUUCUGAGGGAGCCAACCAAAAAUUCCCAAAUCUGGCAGAAUUCUUUGGAAAUACUCGGCCUGAAAAAGUACAGGGUUUCACAUGACGUCACCAAGCACUCAUGACACUAUCUUUAGGACCAACUAGGGAAUGGACAUCACCAGGCUGUGCUGUGUACAACAUAGUAUAAGGACUUACAACUUUUUACUGGAGCCAGUUGAUUGUGUCCUUAAGAUGGCAGCAACAACAGCAAAGUCAUGUGAUCGAAACCCAUGAAGCAAGUAGAAGGCUGCUGACAAGUCUGACGAACCAAGGGACAUAGGCAUUGUAAUCUUCACUUUGAUGGCCAGAUGCAAUCAAGUCAGUUAAUACUCCAUGUAGCAGAUCGUUAUUGGUAAAUUGAACCAAUAAGGGCACUGCUUUCCAUUUAAGCAUUUUUUGCUAGCUAAUUACCACUUUGCAAGUGUUAGCUUGCCUAGACUGGGCUCUAAAAGUUGAGCAAUUUGAUUUAGUUUUUACAGCAACUGAACAACAAAGUUCUACAUUGUCUUGAUAAUGGGUUUCCAUGCACAGUCAAUCUAAUUCAAGCCCCUGAUGCUAGAAUAUAUGCAAAAAAUGCUUCAUUUUGGUCAUGAUCACCUUUCUGUUUUUUGAGUAAUUAUUCAAACAAGGAAAACAUUUCAGACUUCACAUAGAGUUGAACCUCAUUCAACUUUUCUAAAUUAUGCAGCUCACAGACUUUCAAAUCCUGAGUGGAGGUUGAUAGGUGACCAUUAUUCUUAGAUGAGGUGUGGUGAGUCCAUUUAGAGCAACGCAUUUACAUUUCUAAGCUGCAUCAUGUAAUGAUUUUGGUAACUUUUUUGCGUCCAUCCUCAUGUCCAUUGCAGCUGUGUGUGCUCCAUCUGAGCUUGCAGGACAGUUUGCAGGUUUAUGGCAUCUCAUUGCAUGGUCUAAUAGGGUCAUUUCAAUACUGGUGGUUUGAUGUUUAUAAAACAAAGAAUAUCUAGGAUUGAAGUAAUCCAUAAUAUUGAUUUGUAUGCUAAGGAGGAGGUUAGAUUAUUUAUUUUCAAGUUUUGCAAACAGGGGUGUAAAGUUUUAUUCUGGGAGGAUGAGUUCACAUUUCAAAAAAGUGAUCUGGCUCUGAUUAAAUAGCCUGAGGGAGACUGACAGUCAUAGCCUGAGCACUAAUCCUAACCUUAACCACAGGGAACAAGGAAUGACUCCGUCCAGACAAGAUCAGCAGGUCAGAUAAAAGCACUCCUGUCUUUGAGCUUCACUGGAGAAGGACGGGUCAAACAGACAGAGUCCUCCAAAUACAAGAGAUCUCUGGCCUCCUGGUCAGGCUGAGCUUUGGUGUGACAGCAACCGAGGUUGUUGGUAACAGUAUGAAGUUGUAGACCAGCUACAAGCUACACAAUAUUCCCCCUCUCCUUCUCUCAUCUCCCUGCAGACACAGCGAGAUUAUUUUUGUAGAGAAAUGAUAAUAAUGAAAAAAAAAGAGUUUUAUUAAUGUACAGCUUUUGUAUAAGAACAGACGGUAAGGUGUUGCAGUGUUUUGUUUGACCUCAACUGUGCUGUGUGUAAUUGUUUUAUGCUUAUAAUCAUAUUUAUUAAUGGAAAGACGUCUGUUAA